GACCCGUCCCCGUUUGCCCUCGUUCUUCGUGGUGGCCUCCUGUCGGUCUCUAUGUUGUCGUCUGUUGCGUUUUCGCCUCUUCCUUUCUUCAUCAUCAUCCUCUCCGUGUGUAGUAUUCGAUCUCGGCUUCGCAGAUAAACUGUUCCUUUUCUGCACACAGUCGCACGAGACCACGUCGCUCGCAUUAUCAGUGAACCAACACCGCCGCCGUGUAAGCCGCCAGACGACGAGUGUACAUAUCCGCCCGUGCGUGUCCGCCGCCUGCCACCACAGCACGUUGUCGACAGGAGACAACACCGAAGAGCAGCACGAGCCCGGGCGGAAGAAACACAAACACGCAAAAAAUCAAUUCAAGGAGCGCCCAGCACGCACAGCCAUGAAGUCGCCCUUUGCGCUCGCCGCCGCCGCCGCCGUGCUGGCCGCCUCGCUGGCCAGCGCGGGCAUCGUCAUCACGCCCAUCUUCAGCGACCAGGUCGUGGGAAAGUCGUCUGGGGACUGCUUCUUUGGCGUCGUCACGCCACAGGGCUGCGGACCGAAACGAGGCUGAUAGAGGAGCGAGGCCACGGGGAUUGCGCACAAGAGAACGGCCUCGACGCAACGUGGUUCAGCAGACGCUAGAGAGAGCAUCAUGAUUCUACGGUUUUGCGACGGGUGCGUUGCAUCAGGGACACGGCGUUAUGGCCAGCGUUGAGCGCUGCGGAUACCCUCAUCGGCAGCAUACACAUUCUACGCUGCGAAAAGAGCCAUACGAGGCUCACACUUACACGACACUUGCAUCACAAUUUAAUAGCAUUAGUUUCAAAUAUAUGACCUUUCCAUCCCUCG